UUAUAUGAUCGCUUUUAAGGCUAAGCCUCAGAAGCUAAACGUCGAACGUUUCUCAUUGAAAAUCAGCAGUCGUGAUUUGCGGCCCUUUACCAUCGCAACAGCUGCUGGCACAGAUCAGCAGGAGCCGCAGGCGCAGCAACCCGAUCCAGUCGAUAUGCCCAAGCUCUGGAACGGUGUUUACAAUGCCCAAUGUGGACAUCUCUCGCCGCCCGAUCUGAUGGAGGCACAGCCCAAGUUGCUGCCCAAGCUGCGCGCCAAUAGCAGCGGAGCAGGAGGCGGCGGCGGUGGGGGCGGAAGCGGAGGAGGAGGCGGCAGCGGAACUAACAAUCGGAACAGCAAGUACUGGAUAUUCUCGAUGAUAAUCGAGCGCAGUGCGGGUCCCAAGCGCGUGGAUAUGGCGGAAGAUGAUGCGGAGUCCCCACUGGAGGCCAUACUGCCGCCCGAGCAGCCAGCGGAGCAGGUCUGCCUGUUGCGUGACAGCCCCUUCAGGAUAUUGAGGGCCGCUGAGUCGGGCAACUUGGAUGAUUUUAAGCGUCUGUUUAUGGCUGAUAACACGCGCAUCGCGCUGCAGGAUGGCAAAGGACGCACGGCCGCACACCAGGCCGCGGCCAGGAAUCGUGUCAACAUCUUGCGCUACAUCCGCGAUCAGAGUGGAGACUUCAAUGCCAAGGACAACGCCGGCAAUACGCCGAUGCAUGUGGCCGUCGAGUGCGAUGCCUACGAUGCCCUGGACUAUUUGCUCUCGAUUCCUGUUGAUACGGGCAUAUUGAACGAUAAGAAGCAGGCGCCGGUCCAUUUGGCCACCGAGCUGAACAAGGUCAAGUGCCUGCGCGUCAUGGGCCAGCAUCGCAACGUCAUCAACAUCCAGCAGGGCGGCGAGCAUGGACGCACCGCUCUGCACCUGGCCGCUAUCUACGAUCAUGAGGAAUGCGCUCGUAUCCUGAUAACUGAAUUUGAUGCAUGCCCCCGUAGACCUUGCAACAAUGGUUACUAUCCCAUACACGAGGCGGCUAAAAACGCCAGCUCCAAGACCAUGGAGGUCUUCUUCCAGUGGGGCGAACAGCGCGGCUGCACUCGCGAGGAAAUGAUAUCCUUCUACGACUCCGAGGGCAAUGUGCCGCUGCAUUCGGCCGUGCACGGAGGUGACAUCAAAGCCGUGGAGCUCUGCCUGAAAUCUGGCGCCAAGAUAUCCACACAGCAACACGAUCUGUCGACGCCCGUGCACUUAGCUUGCGCCCAGGGCGCCAUUGAAAUAGUGAAACUCAUGUUUGAGAUGCAGCCACUGGAGAAGCGCAUCUGUCUCAGCUGCACGGAUGUUCAGAAGAUGACGCCGCUGCACUGCGCUUCCAUGUUCGAUCAUCCGGACAUUGUGUCUUAUCUGGUCAACGAGGGCGCCGAGAUCAAUGCCCUGGACAAGGAGCAUCGCUCGCCGCUGCUGCUGGCCGCCUCGCGCAGCGGCUGGAAGACAGUCCAUCUGCUGAUACGUCUGGGCGCCAGCAUCGAUAUCAAGGAUGCGGCGGCGCGCAAUGUGCUCCACUUCGUGAUCAUGAACGGCGGCCGGCUGACGGACUUCGCCGAGCAGGUGGCCAAUUGCCAGACGCAGCAGCAGCUGCAGCUGCUGCUCAACGAGAAGGACAACAUGGGCUGCUCGCCGCUGCACUACGCCAGCCGGGAUGGGCACAUACGCUCGCUGGAGAAUCUCAUACGGCUGGGCGCCUGCAUCAAUCUGAAGAACAACAACAACGAGAGCCCGCUGCACUUCGCCGCCCGCUACGGCCGCUACAACACGGUGCGGCAGCUGCUCGACUCGGAGAAGGGCUCGUUCAUCAUCAACGAGAGCGACGGCGCGGGCAUGACGCCGCUGCACAUCGCCUCGCAGCAGGGGCACACGCGGGUGGUGCAGCUGCUGCUCAAUCGUGGCGCCCUGCUGCAUCGCGAUCAUUCCGGCCGCAAUCCGCUGCAGCUGGCCGCCAUGUCGGGCUACACCGAGACCAUAGAGCUGCUGCACUCGGUGCACUCGCAUCUGCUCGAUCAGCUGGACAAGGAUGGGAACACUGCUCUACACCUGGCCACAAUGGAGAACAAGCCCCAUGCGAUAUCCGUGCUGAUGUCCAUGGGCUGCAAGCUGGUCUACAAUGUGCUGGACAUGAGCGCCAUCGACUACGCCAUCUACUACAAAUAUCCGGAGGCGGCUCUGGCCAUGGUCACCCACGAGGAGCGGGCGAACGAGGUGAUGGCCCUGCGCUCUGAUAAGCAUCCUUGCGUCACGCUAGCGCUGAUCGCCUCCAUGCCGAAGGUGUUCGAGGCCGUGCAGGACAAGUGCAUCACGAAGGCGAACUGUAAGAAGGACUCGAAGAGCUUUUACAUCAAAUAUUCAUUUGCGCCAUUCCAAAAAACACCCGAGCAAAUUGAGGAAAAGCGUAAAGAACUCAAUGAUCCCAAAUGGCGGCCGGCGCCAUUGGCCGUUGUGAAUACCAUGGUCACACAUGGACGUGUGGAACUGCUGGCACAUCCGCUGAGUCAGAAAUAUUUACAAAUGAAAUGGAAUUCGUACGGCAAAUACUUUCAUCUAGCUAAUUUGCUGGUCUACUCCAUCUUUCUGGUCUUUGUCACAAUCUACUCGUCGCUGAUGAUGAACAACAUUGAGCUGCGUCCCGGAGACAACGAGGCGCUCAGUCAGUAUUGCAGUUUGGGAUGGGAGGUGCUUACCAAAAACCUAUCGCAGAGCCCAUCGCUGGCUGCCCAGAUACGUCUGGACUCGUGCGUGGAGAACAUCAAUCGGACCACAGCCAUUCUCUUCUGUGCCAUUGUGAUCGUCGUCUACAUCUUGCUCAACUCGAUGCGCGAACUGAUACAGAUCUACCAGCAGCGCCUGCACUACCUGGUGGAGACGGUCAAUCUCAUCUCCUGGGUGCUCUACAUAUCAGCCUUGAUCAUGAUAACGCCGGCGUUUAGGCCAGACGGCGCCAUCAAUACGAUUCACUAUUCGGCCGCAUCGAUUGCCGUCUUCUUGUCCUGGUUCCGUCUGCUGCUCUUCCUGCAGCGCUUCGAUCAGGUCGGCAUCUAUGUGGUCAUGUUCCUGGAGAUACUGCAGACGCUGAUCAAGGUGCUGCUGGUCUUCUCCAUACUGAUCAUUGCCUUUGGCCUCGCCUUCUACAUUCUGCUGUCGAAGAUCAUCGAUCCGCAGCCGAAUCAUCUGUCCUUCUCCAACAUACCCAUGUCCCUGCUGCGCACCUUCUCCAUGAUGCUCGGCGAACUGGACUUUGUGGGCACCUAUGUGAACACCUAUUAUCGCGACCAGCUGAAGGUGCCCAUGACCUCCUUCCUGAUACUAAGUGUCUUUAUGAUUCUGAUGCCCAUUCUGCUGAUGAACCUGCUCAUCGGUUUGGCCGUUGGCGACAUUGAGUCAGUGCGUCGGAAUGCGCAGCUAAAGCGCCUGGCCAUGCAGGUGGUGCUCCACACCGAGCUGGAGCGCAAGUUGCCUCAUGUCUGGCUGCAGCGCGUGGACAAAAUGGAGCUCAUAGAAUAUCCCAAUGACACCAAGUGCAAAAUUGGAUUUCUCGACUUCAUAUUGCGCAAAUGGUUCUCGAAUCCCUUCACCGAGGAUUCUGCUAUGGAUGUGAUUGGCUUUGAUAACAAUGACGAUAUCAUGAUUGCCGAGCUGGAGCGCCAGCGACGCAAGCUGCGCGAUAUUAGCCGCAUGCUGGAGCAGCAGCAUCAGCUGGUGCGUCUCAUUGUCCAGAAGAUGGAGAUCAAGACGGAAGCCGACGAUGUCGACGAGGGCAUCUCGCCCAACGAGCUGCGCUCUGUGGGCCUCAGCUCGGCGGGCAAUCGCUGGAACUCGCCGCGCAUACGCAACAAACUUCGAGCUGCGCUCAGCUUCAACAAGAGCAUGUAG